AUAAAUUAAUUAACUCUGCUUUGUUUAAUUAAUAAACCUUGAAACUUAGGUCUUUUCCGAGAAAGCGACAGUAUAUUUACUAAAAGCCGCUGGUCGUAUAAUGUGUUGUUGAAGCCUUGUAAACGCAUCACAUAACAUGAAGUCGGCGACGUGUAAAAUAUUUAUAGACAUGCUGCUUUCAAACAUGAAUGGCUGUUUAAAAUUUGCCGUUUUUCUCGUUGUGGGACUUUCCUUGUCAAAUGGUCGUCAUGUGCACAAUGUCAAACCUUCCUCCCCGAUGCGUGUGGAAACAAGUUUUAAAAAUGAAACACUGUCCUUGAAGACUGCAAUUCUGUUUCAUUACAUCAACUAUUUUGGAUUCUGCAUACCUGAGAAAAUACCCACAAUGGAGGUCAAAAAAUGUUUCAGUUCCAUCAACACUGCAUGUGCUCUUGUAGGAGAGAGAACCCGAAACAAAAAGAAAGCACGCAAGAACAAUCUGACAAAACUGUGCUUCCUGGCACAUAAAUCGAAGGAUGUCUCCAGGUGGUUCACAAUCGCAGGUCAUAUUGCACAAGCAUUAUGUGCUGCUUGCUCCGAGCUGGCGACUGAAGAGGAAAAAACAGUUUGUGAAAAGAAAUUGUGCAAGUGAUUAGUGAAGAAAAAACAUGUGUCUAUGCGUUUGGAUUUGUGUACAUAUUUUGAAAGUUUGAAUUUUUUAUUUAAACAACAAAAUAUUGCGUGUAUUUGAGGAUAGAAAAGAUGGAGGUCCCAGACCUCUCAGUUGUUUCUUACUUUAUGUAAAAUUCUGAGAGUGAUACCUUUAUCUUACAAGCAUUAGAAAUUGUUACAAAUUUUAAUUUAACUGUUAAAAAACUAGGUGCACGUAUAAACCAUUUGUAAAACUGUAAUAAA